ACUGCUUCAGUCUCCAUUAUCCUCCUCCUACAUACAACAUUGUGUAAUCUCUCUCGAUUCAUAAUUUUCAUCUUCUUCUUCUUCAAUUUUAGCAUUCUUUAAUGAUCUUUGAUCAAUAUUCAUCCUUCCGCCGACACCAGUUCUACUGAUUGCGGCGAUGUGGAACUUCAACUUCGCGGAAUUUCUUCAGCCUUGUGCAAUAAGGUAGCUGAAUUUAUCAUACUCAUGGCAUCUUUCAAUUUCUCGAUUACUUUGGAUUCAUUUGAAUACAGAAAGCUUAAUCUCAUAGAUACUGCUGCUUUUCAGCUCUCCGAUCCCUGUUCCAUUUCUGUAUUUUCCAAACCUAUCUGUAAAUUGAACCGUAUUAGGGUUUCUCGGUUGGAUCUCGAGGUGUCUUCUGAUUCACCUCAAUUCAGCCGAGAUGGAUCAACUAUUUGUAUCAAUGAAGAUGAUAGCAUUGAUAUCGAUAAGAAAAGGCAUCCUAGAGUUAGAAGAAGUCCGAAAAAUGGAAUUACAGCCUAUAAGAAGAAGAAUGAUAUUGCUUCCAUUGUUGAGAACGGGGAGAAUUUGAGCGUUGAGCGAUGUAAUACAGUCUUGAAACAGAUGGAAAGGUCUGUAGAAGACGACGAUAAAUCUCUAGAAUUUAUCAAUUGGAUGAGAAGAAAUGGAAAGUUGAGACAAAACACAAAUGCUUACAAUCUAGCCUUUCGUAUACUAGGCAGGAAACGCGAUUGGGAUGCUGCUGAAAAGUUAUUAGACGAGAUGGUUAACGUUUCAGGUUGUGAACUCAAUUAUCAGGUAUUCAAUACACUUAUUUACCCUUGUUUUAAGCAUUCGAUUUCAGCUGUAGCUUCAAAAUGGUUUGUUAUGAUGUUGGAUAAAGGGAUAAAACCUAAUGAAGCUACAUUUGGUAUGCUGAUGAGCAUUUAUCAGAAAUGUCGAAAUCUUAAUGAAGCGGAAUUCACCUUUGUGAAAAUGAGGGUAUUGGGAAUCAGAUGUGAAUCUGCUUAUUCGUCGAUGAUUACCAUUUAUACGCGUUUAGGUUUGUAUGAGAAAACAGAGGAAACUAUUAGAGUUCUUAAAAUGGACAGGAUUGCUUUGAAUAAGGAGAAUUGGUUGGUUUUGUUGAAUGCUUAUUGUCAACAAGGCAAAAUGGAAGAAGCUGAGAUGGUUUUGAAUUCAAUGCAAGAAUCUGGAUUUCCUCCUAAUAUCAUUGCGUACAAUACUCUCAUAACUGGUUACGGGAAAAAAUCAAACAUGAUUGAAGCACGACGAGUUUUCAACAAUCUGAGAGAUCUCGGAUUAGAACCAGAUGAAACCACUUACAGAUCCAUGAUAGAAGGUUGGGGAAGAACAGACAAUUAUAAAGAAGCUUUAUUUCACUACCAGCAGCUUAAAGCUGCAGGCUUUAAGCCCAAUUCCUCAAAUUUGUAUACAAUGAUUCAAUUACAAGUGAAAUACGCAGACGAAGAUUCUGUCGCAUCGACUCUCAACGAUAUGGUGAAGAUUGGAUGUCAAUACGCUUCUAUUCUUGGGAUUCUCUUACAGGCAUACGAGAAAGCAGAAAGAUUUGACAGAUUUCCAUUGAUUGUACGAGGUUCUUUUUACGAUCAUGUUUUGACUAAUCAAACUUCGUGUUCUAGCGUCGUCAUGGCUUAUGUCAAACAUGGUUUGGUCGAUCACGCGUUAAAAAUUCUUCACGAAAGAAAGUGGAAGGAUAAAACUUUUCAGGAUAAUUUAUACCAUCUGUUGAUAUGUUCUUGUAAGGACUCAGGUUUCUUUGAGGAAGCUGUGCAGAUAUACAACGAAAUGCCGAAAGACGAUGACAAGCCGAACCUGCAUAUCGUGGGCACGAUGAUCGAUAUUUAUACGAUUGUGAAGAAAUUCAAGGAAGGAGAGAAUUUAUAUUCGAAGCUGAAAUCCUCUGGAAUAGCUCUGGACAUGAUCGCAUUCAGUAUCGUUGUGAGAAUGUACAUUAAGGCCGGUCUGCUUAAAGAAGCCUGUUCAGUACUCGAAACGAUGGAGAAACAAAAACCGAGUAUAGUUCCCGACGUUUAUCUUCUUCGAGAUAUGCUUCGAACUUAUCAGCAACUAGGAUUGCAGACAAAGUUAGAGAAUCUGUACUACAAAAUCUUGAAAGUUCGAACUUCAUGGGAUCAGGAAAUGUACAACUGCGUUAUAAACUGCUGUUCUCGCGCCUUACCCGUUGACGAGCUGUCGACAAUUUUCGACGAAAUGAUUCAGAACGGGUUUAUCCCGAAUAGCACUACUUUCAACGUUAUUCUGAACACUUAUUGCAAAGCGAAGCUUUUUGCUAAGGCUAGGAAGGUGUUCUUUUUAGCGAAAAGAAGAGGAAUGGUUGAUGUGAUAUCAUAUAAUACAAUGAUCGCUGCUUAUGGAAGAAGCAAGUAUUUAAAGAACAUGUCUUCGACAGUUAAGAAGAUGGAAUUCGACGGUUUCAGUGUUUCGCUGGAAGCGUAUAACUGUAUGCUUGAUGCGUAUGGGAAAGAAGAUCAGAUGGAGGAUUUCAAGAGCGUUUUGGAGAAGUUGAGGAGUCGUGGAGCUGAUGUAUAUAGUUAUAACAUUAUGAUGAACAUAUAUGGUGAAAAGAAAUGGAUUGAAGAAGUUGGCGAUGUUUUGAAUGAAUUGAAAGAGUCUGGAAUGAGAAUGGAUGUUUGUAGCUAUAAUACGUUGAUAAAAGCUUAUGGAAUCGCAGGAAAGGUUGAAGAUGCGGUUGGGAUUGUGAAGGAAAUGCGAGAACAGGGGAUUGAACCGGAUCGAAUAACUUAUGUUAAUUUGAUUACUGCGUUGAGGAAUAACGAUGAGAUUCUCGAAGCUGUUAAAUGGUCGUUGUGGAUGAAACAAAUGGGAUUCUGAAAACUUAUCGAGUUUAUCUAUGAAAGGAUUCGAUAUCUUUGUGUUUGUAUAUUUUUACUGAAAUUUGAUUACUAAAGAAAUAGUUGCAUUUCAUGAGCAUGACAUUAUCCUAAAUUAAGUCAGUAAUUGAAGGAGUUUUAUAAUA